AUGGGAGCACUAAACAGUCGGAUGCCCUGGAACAGAGUGGGGCAUGCCCCAGAUGAGCCAGGUGCCCCUGAGGGGGAGGAGGAGUCCGAGGAGGCAGUGAUAGAGGAAGGGGAGGAGAAUGAAGAGGCCAGACCCAGCACUAGUCAAGGGCGCCACAAGCGGAAGACAGGCCCAGAAGGGCAGCUCGCAAAAGCGCCCCACCGGAAGCGAGCAAAAGACAUUUAUGAGACACUUUUUCUGAGAGGAGAAGGGAGUGACGUGCAGAUCCGUGCCCUGGGGGAGGAGUGGAACUUGCACAAGGUCUACUUGUGCCAGUCAGGAUACUUUGCUAGCAUGUUCAGUGGUGCGUGGCGUGAGACAUCCAUGAAUACUGUAGAGUUGCAGAUGCCUGACGAGAACAUUGAUUGUGAGGCGCUACACGAGGCUUUAGGUUGCCUGUACCGAGGCUCUGUGCUCGUCCCACCCGGUCGAGUGGUCCCCAUGCUGGCCACAGCCAGCAUGCUGCAGCUGGACAAGCUGAUUCAGCAGUGCGGAGAGAUAAUGAAGGAGACCAUCAGUGAUCAGACCGUGUGCAGCUACUACUACUCUGCUGAGAGCUACGGACUCCAGAACAUCAGGGCCAUGUGUCUUCAGUGGCUGCUGGACAACCUGAUGACCCAGCAUAGUGAGGAGUUAUUGAGAGAAGUUAGCCUGGAUCUCAUGAAAGAGGUCAUUGCCUCUUCAGACCUCUUCGUGAUGGAGGUAGAGAUGGAUGUGUACACGAUGCUGAAAAAGUGGAUGUUCCUGCAGCUGCAGCCGACAUGGAGAGGCCCCCGCAGAGACCUACUGCCUGACGCCAACUCGUGGUUUGCCGGGUCCAGGCAGGAGUCAGAAGGCACCCCUUUUUUGGAGACCGAGCAGGGCAGAGCUUUCGUGCCAGCAUUCCAGCAGCUGCGGCUUGCCUACAUAAUCUGCGACCUGCCGUCAGCACGCAUCAUCGACCAGGAUGCGCUGAUCCCUGCUACCUGGCUGACCCCAGUGUACAAAGAGCAGUGGCUUGCCCUCCUCCGGGCUGAGCAGACCAGAGACCGCGGGCCCGUGGAUGUCUACGUGUCCGACCUCCAGAGGACCAGCAUGCGGUGCGGAGGCCAGCUCCUCAGGGAUGAGCAGUGCACCUGGCGGUGGGCAGGCUUCAACUUCGGCUGGGACUUGGUGGUGUGCUAUGCCAACCGGCGUAUCAUUUUCAAGCGCAGUGCACUGAACAACUCUUGCGGUCUCGGGGUCAGCUUACUCUGGCAGAGAAAGGUCGCGUUCCGCUUGCGCCUGGCCUCUUUGGACAGGGCUGGAAGAGCCAUUUUCCGGAAGGAGACAGAUUACCAGGUGCUUUCCCUGGGAAAGGACGAAGAGCUAGAGGUGAUGAAUCUAGAGAACGAAGAUGUGGGUUUCCCCAUAUAUGUGACCUAUAAUUUCCUGUACCUCCCCAGAAAGGGGCGUUUUUCUGAGUAA